GAGCGCGGGCGAGAGGGGCGGAGCUUGUCGGAGGCAGGCAAGAGGUCGCCGCGGCUCCCGCUUUUUAAGUUGGCUGCUCCCUCGGGUGCUGCUUCGCGAGCGUCGAGUCUGCAGCCGCGGUUCUCGGGUGGCUCUCUGAGCUGCUGUCAGAGGCGACAUGAGUGCCGCGGGGCUGUUGGCUCCGGCUCCGGCCCCGGCUGGAGCACCGCCGGCGCCGGAGUAUUACCCCGAGGAAGACGAAGAGCUGGAGAGCGCCGAAGACGACGAGCGCAGCUGCCGGGGCCGCGAGUCGGAUGAAGACACUGAGGAUGCUAGCGAGACGGACCUGGCAAAGCAUGACGAAGAAGAUUACGUGGAAAUGAAGGAGCAGAUGUAUCAGGAUAAACUGGCUUCUCUCAAGAGACAGUUGCAGCAGCUGCAGGAAGGUACGUUGCAGGAAUAUCAGAAGAGGAUGAAAAAACUAGACCAGCAGUACAAAGAGAGGAUACGGAAUGCAGAACUCUUCCUCCAGCUGGAAACUGAACAAGUGGAAAGAAAUUACAUUAAAGAAAAGAAGGCCGCAGUGAAAGAGUUCGAAGACAAGAAGGUGGAGCUGAAGGAGAACCUGAUUGCUGAGCUGGAAGAGAAGAAGAAAAUGAUUGAAAAUGAAAAGCUGACGAUGGAACUGACUGGAGAUUCCAUGGAGGUGAAACCCAUCAUGACCAGAAAACUGCGGAGGCGACCGAAUGACCCGGUCCCCAUCCCUGACAAGAGGAGAAAGCCUGCGCCUGCCCAGCUGAACUAUUUGCUAACAGACGAGCAGAUCAUGGAGGAUCUGAGAACGUUGAAUAAGCUUAAGUCACCCAAGAGACCAGCCUCCCCGUCCUCUCCCGAACACCUGCCCGCCACACCUGCCGAGUCUCCGGCCCAGAGAUUUGAAGCCCGGAUAGAAGAUGGCAAACUGUACUAUGAUAAAAGAUGGUACCACAAGAGCCAAGCCAUCUACCUGGAGUCCAAGGACAACCAGAAACUGAGCUGUGUGAUCAGCUCUGUGGGAGCCAAUGAGAUCUGGGUGAGAAAGACAAGUGACAGCACCAAGAUGAGGAUUUACUUGGGCCAGCUUCAGCGUGGGCUCUUUGUGAUCCGCCGGAGGUCAGCGGCUUGACUCGCUCCAGUGCUCUCCCUCCCUUGACCUUUUUUCUGGAGUGAUUUUUGGGUUUUGGUUUUGUUUUGUUCUUAAUAGAAAGUUUUUAACUUGGGAGUUGCUCCUUGACCUUGGACAAUGGAGAACACUGUUGUGGAUUCUGCAGGGCGCACUUUCGUGGCCCAUCACAUCCAUCUUUGUCUCGUUCUUUGCUGCCUCGACUUCUUCCAGCCAGCAGUCACCAUGAGACGGUUUUACUUUCAGGAGUAUCGGGAGUUUGAUUUACUCAUUUUUUUUUUUUGGCCCCCCCACCCCAAGCUUCCUUUGAGUUGGAAGGCACAUUUCUUUGUACUGUCUUCAGGUCUUUCUACCAUGAAGAAGAGCAGGAAGGGAUACACUCUCCAGUGCAUUUCCAUGUUUUGAAUCUGAUUAGUGCAUCACAUAGCUACUUCCCUUGUCGAGCCCAAUUUGCUGUUUCCCCAGGAGCUUGGGGAGCGGUCCUAGCAGAAGGAGAUUAAUUCUCCUGGCUCCCAGCCUUCUCCGAGAAGCAAAUGCCUCGUGCAACAUCUGGCGCGUGGCAUCCUCUCCCCCGGCUGAACGACAGAAGCCUUCGCCUGGGGGACUGCGUGCACUGAAGUGAUUGGGGCUGGGGGGAGGGGGUGUUUCAUAUUCAUAAUGUGCUAAAGGUACCAUAUUUUAAGUGUUAUUUAAUGCAAGUGGUUUAUUCACACGCAGUUGUUCAAGCUCGAGCUGAAACAGGAAGUGGUCAUUUCCAACGGUUUCAUUUGUAAUUCAUGUCCCUGCUCCCGAGUAGGUGAAGUGGUACCUGCCGCAGGCUGGUUAUCUGGGUUAUCUACUGACGGUGGGGAGGCGAGGUUGGUAGUGCAAUAACCAGUGAUCUACAGACUCUCACUCCUAAUUCAAACGGCACUCUCGUCACCGAUGCCAUUAUUGCCCAUUGGCCAUUUCAAACCGAUGGAGCCUUGUGUGCACGCGCAGCCUCCAGGAGCUCUCCCAGGAGGUCUGGCCCAGGGCAAAGACAGAAGGCUGCGCCGUGGCUGCCACGAACCCUACACGCUCACUGAUGCGUCCUGAUGAAACAGCCCCCUUGCACUCCCUACUUCCUUUCCCUCAUUCCUGCAACUAGAGAAACGACUCGUUGGGUGAUGGGGUUUUUUAUAUACUGGUUGCCACCUUAUGAUGCUUGAAAAGUUUUGGGGGCUAGAGCAAAUGUUAGCAUCUUUGUAGGCAAUCGGGAGACUUGACACAUUCUAGGAAAUCUUUGUAAAUAGUUCUCUUGGUCUCCAGUGAUCCCCUUUGUGUUGUCUCUUGAUGUGCACACCCCAAAGCAGGUCGUGGGGCUGUGACAACAGGUCAGUCACCUUCUCCAAAGUCCUGGCUUCCACAGAGACCAAACCCUACAGACUCAGAGUGAAGACUUGUAAAGAUUUAUUUUUGUUUUAAUUUAAAAUUUACUUUUUCCUUCUUUUUUUUUGGUGUUGGAGUCUCAUUUAAAAACAGGAUAAACGAUGCUGUUCAUCAAAAAUUGUCUGGACCCUUUGUGUUUCCUCUGCGCCCCCUGCGCCCCCAUUGUUAGGGUGCCGACUACAGUGAACCCAGUCCGCGGUGAACAGGGACCUCACCGCUUUCUGUUCCUUGGUGACCUUUGCUCUUUGGGAGCUCUCGCUUGCAUUGUCACUGGGGUGUGUGUGACAUUGCAAGAUAUCAGGUAGCUGUUGGUUGGUAUCCAGCGCCCCGUGGUGGAAAUUCUUUAGGUAUAUUUAGUGUGUGUUGCCACCGAAGGUUUUUUUUUUUGGUCCUCCUAAAGUACACCAAAGUUUGUUUGCUUGUUUUUGUUUUAAAAGAUUGUAUUGAUGACCGUUGAGGGUUUAGCAUCGAGGCAGCAAGUUGCCUUUUUUCCUUGCCUUGUCUAAGGGCACCUUCGUGCUUUUGGGAACUGGCUUUGUCUGAAGACCAGGGUCUGGCACUUUGGCCUCUUCUGUAAACUUGAGGGUGUUUGAGGCCACGGUCAGGCCCGCCGUCCGUCCCGUCGCUGCCUCCCGCGCUUCAGCGUCCUCACAGCCGGUACAAUCACGAUCUGGGGAAGAUGGAGGGAAAUGAGACGUGGCUGUGAGGCGUGGCACAGUGCGCUGCAGCCCUGACCCCGGGUGUUCGUUCGUUUUGUAACGUAAUCACUCCAGAGAUGAGAAAAUCGGCAUUUCAAUCACUCCUGCCCCCGCAGUGACCAGGGGUAGAAGGGCCUCCUCGUUAGGAGAUGGAGGAGCUUCUGUGAUGGGCGGCGUGACCUAGAGGCCACGGAGAAACAGGCUCCAUGGCUCCUGGAAUGAGAGGGGCUGGCUUCUAGCCCAGGUGGCCGUUCUGACUCCAAAAGGUCUGUCUCUCACUAGAUGAAUUCCCACAUUCACACUGUCUCCUGCAAGUGGUACUUUCAUAAAGGUCGGUCCGGACAAUUCUGAUCAUGAACCUGUACGUGUGUCAUUGUGACCGAGAAGCUGUGUGUGUGUCGUCGGGAUCGAGAGCCCGCACGUGUGUUAUUUCUGAUGAAGAGCCUGUAGGCGUGUUGGGCUCAAGGCGUCUGCCUCAAGGACACAGCGUUUGCUGUUGGUGUGCCCCAGUAUUUAUUUUUCCUCUUCUUGGAGGCUUCGUGUGUUCCCCCAACUCCCUCUCUCCCUAACCAGUGUCUUCUUGAACAGUUUCCACAUUUCUGUAGCCAAACCAAAGCCGGGACAUUUUCAUUUGUCCGGAUGCUAGUAUUUAUGGAUGUCUAACUACCUAAUGUAACUUAGCUAAGAAGCAACGACAACGGACUUCUAAUCGGGGCUGGUGCGUGAUCCCAGAGGCUGAUCUGCCAAUCAAGCUACUCGCAUUUGUGGGGAGACCCCGUGUUCAGGAUUGGGUGGCUUUUCUAAGAGAAAUAUGGGGGAGGGUUGGUUGCAUUUUUAAUCGGACUUGGGGGGAAAAGCCUAUUUUUUACAAUGUUGUUGGUUUUGUUUUUCUAGUAACAUUUCCUUUAGCCUUGAAUUUUUACUGAAUUUCAUCCUGAUUUAAAAAUCUUGUUUCUAGUCUGGGAAUUUGAAAUCUUGGUACUUACUUAAAUGUUACACCAAUUUUUCCAGAGUUCAAACCACUUUAAUAUUAGAACAUGGUAAAAAAAAAUUGCAGCCAUUUCAAGCAGCUGGUGGGCUUUUUAUACAAUAACAUCAUUAACUGGUACCAUUCAGUGUUCUGAGAGGUGAAUGUAAAAUGUAAAAAGUACAGCUUUUUAAAAAAAA